AUGGGCGAACUUAAGGUUGUGUUGGUGGGCGUCGGUGGCGUGGGCAAGUCCGCUUCGACCAUCACUUACGUGUCCAACAUCUGGAUCUCCGACUACGAUCCUACUAUCGAGGACUCGCACCGCAAGCAGGUUGCUGUAGAUGGCGAGGUCUCCAUGCUGGACAUUCUGGACACUGCUGGUCAGGAGGAGUACGAGUCGAUGCAGGACCAGUGGUUCCGAACGGGAGAAGGUUUCCUCAUGAUCUACGCCAUAACGAACAAGAAGAGCUUCAUGGAAAUCUCUCGGCUACGAGACAAGAUCCUCAGAAUCAAGGACAAGGCCGCCGUACCCAUGGUCCUCAUGGGCAACAAGAGUGAUCUUGAGACCGAGAGGGAGGUGUCCAAGAAGGAGGGCGAGGACCAGGCCGCGAACUUCAACAUCCCCUUCUUCGAGGCCAGCGCCAAGAACCACCAGAACAUCGACGAGGCCUUCGACCAGCUCGUGCGCGAGAUCAGGCGCUUCAGGAAGCAGUCCACCGGCGGCCCCGGCCCCGGCGGCAAGACCGGCUCCGGCCUCUCCGGCGGCAAGAAGAAGGGCUGCAGCCUCUUCUAA